UGACCAAUGGGCAGCUUGUGAAAUGUGAAAGAAAACCAGAAUAUGCUUCACAUAGCAGUUCAGGAAGCAUCUGCAGAGAGUUAAAAGGGUUUCAUUAAAAGGGUUGUGAUGGAAGGUAGCAGCUCCCAUAUGGCAGUGCCCUCUCAGAUAUUCACAGGAAGGAAACCAGCGUCACCUGAGGUCAGCAUAUCGGCAUUGAUGGGAACAAAUCAAUUCACCAACAUUGCUUCAUUACAUGUCCAGAUGGGUUAUUCUUUCUUUAAUAUUGACAAUUGCAUGACAGAUCUGGGGCUCGCUUCAUUGAAGUAAACAAAGCUCUGGUUAAAUCAUCUCAGGCACGUCAGUGUUUAGACCUGGGUUCCAUGGUGACCAAUUGUAUUGUUUCUCAUGCUGUUUACUUGAAUAUACACAGUAGAAUUUCUCGGUUCAGACUGUGGAGUCUCUGUGUGAAGGGAAUGUAUUUUUCAGAGAAUGAUGUCUAUUUCUCUCCAGAUUGGGAGCAGAAGCCUCAGACAGUGCAGAUAAUUCAACAACAGGUACCCCAACAUCCAGCGACUAUAAUCCAGCAGCUCCCUGCACCCCAGCAGCCUCAGAUCCCAGUAGACAGGAAUGGACACAUGAAGGAAGAGUUGGUGGAGUUGAUGAUGAUACAGAACGCACAGAUGCACCAGGUGAUCAUGAACAACAUCACCAUGGCAGCACUCUCCAGCUUCGGGUACAACACGCAGUCGCAGUCUGCCAAGCAGAAUCCUGUAUCAAUCAGAAUGGAACAGAGUGAGCCGGACACAGUUUACCACCAUCACUAUGAGCUCUGGCAGUGCCCUUUGUAUCCCUCUUGGCCAACGCUGCCACCUCAGAUGUACCACACGAGGAGACUACAGCAGGAGAACUGGGAGCCAGCAGUACGGCACAUCAGCAGGGACGGACCUUUGAAUCCCCGGAGAGAGUUUCAAUCUGUUCCCCCACCACCUCCACCAAGUGCCACAGGGACAGUGGGAGCAGACGUCCUUCCAGCCUCAGAGUAUUACGACAUGGCUGAUGGCCAGAUAUGACAGGCCCCUUCAGCUCCACGAGGUUCCUUUCACUGACCACACAUCUAGCUCAACGACUGAAGAAACGCAAGGACCUGGGAGACGAAUCACUGUUAACGUCCCAAUAAAUAGGCACUUGGUCAAAGAUGGGCACUUUGGCUUAAGACCUUUCGUUUCUUGGUCCCACCUAUCUUCUUGAUAUGCUACCAUUUGAUGUACUUUCACUGUAGCUCAGAAAAUAAAUCAGAGAACAUUCGCAGACCGAAAUGGUAUUUCAUUUAGAGCUGAUAACAGCGGUGAAGGAUUCCCACUGCACCUGGGCUUGGAACAGCUUUGAGACAGCUGUCCACCACUGAUGGAGUGUCUGGGAGAGAGGGGGGGCUGGAAUAAGCAGAGGAGCAGUAAGGGAGUUGGUGCAGAGUGCAGCUGGAGAGUGGAACGGGGAUGGGGAUCAGAAUGAAUGAGGAGGUGGGGGAGGAGAAGAGCUGAGUGUGUAGAGAGAGCAGAAUAUGUAGUGUGGGGGAAGGAAAGAGGUCAGAGUAUAUGGGGGGGUGGGGAGGAGUGAAGUCAGAGUGUGUGAGGUGGCAAGGGGUCAGAGUAGGUGGGGAUGGGAAAGGUCAGGGUGCAUGGAGAGGGGUCAGGGGUCAGCAGUGUGGCCAGGUCAGAGUGAGCUGAGACAGGGAGGCUUAUGUAUGCUCUGGGCAGAGAGGAAUUGAGAGAGAAGUGGUUGGUGUCAGGAGAACUCGCUCUCUUCCCCGCCGCAAAUCGCUGAUGUGCACUGGCAGCUGAGAGAAGUGAAGAUCUGAGAGCCAGGGGAAGAAGAUACCGGGAAACAGCACGAGUGACACAGAUUACACACUGCAGCCUGACUACACAGAACGAUGGCAGGCACCCCACUUCCAUGCAUGUCAUUCAUCACUGAUAGCCACACAUGUUUCUCGGGUUGAGGGGUUGAAGUGGAGGACACUGCUCAAUGACUGGAAACGAUGUUUCCUCACCCAGUAGCAGUCUCCAUAUUCCUCCACUCCAUCCAUCUUGCCAACUCUGUGUGAAAGAACAAUGUUUGUCACUGAACCAGAUCUGUCCAAACACCAGAGGGUGACCUCAGGUUUAACUCCUUCACUCAAGCACCCAGUGGCACAGGCAGGGCUCUGGUGUACUGUCUGUGAGCCAAGCCACUUUGCUCUGUCAGUGCUGGCUGCUGAAGCUUCCACCUUAGGCCAUUGCCUCUGGUGUUUCGGAUUGUGACCAUUGGCAGGGCUGCUGAGCUCUGACUAUAAGGAGCUGUGCACUCUACCACUCGAAGAGCAAGGAUACCCAAGAUGUGUAAGUAGCACACACGCACACACACACACACACACACAGGCACACACACACACACACACACACACACACACACACACAUACUCUUUCUUUCUCUCUGUCUCUGUCUCUCUUAAACACGCACACUUCCAUGCAAGCAUACUGGCAGAACACAAAGAGUGAGAAUAAAGGGACCCUUCUAGAUUGGCUGCCAGUGACUAGUGGCGUUCCACAGGUGUCAGUACUGAGACUGGAGAAGAUAGGUGGAGGGGCAGGUAGUGUUGAGGAAGCAGGGAGGCUGAAGAAGGAGUGCACGGAUUAGGAUAAUGGGCAAGUAAGUGGCAGAUGGAGUAUAGCGUCAGGAAGUGUACGGUCAUGCAAUCUGGUAGAAGGAACAAAAGCAUAGACUAUUUUCCAACCGGGCAGAAAAUUCAAAAACCUGAAGUGCAAAGGGAUUUGGGAGUCCUUGUGCAGGAAUCCCUUAAAGGUUAAUUUGCAGGUUGAGUCAGUGGUGAGGCAGGCAAAUGCGAUGUUAGCAUUCAUUUCGAGAGGACUAGAAUACAAAAGCACGGGUGUAAUACUGAGGCUUUUAAGGCACUGGUGAGGCCUCACAGGGAGGGCUGUGAGCUGUUUUGGGCCCCUUAUCUAAGAAAGGAUGUGCUGACUUUGGAGGGGGUACAGAGGAGGUUCACGAGAAUGAUUCCGGGAAUGGAAAGGUUAAUGUAUGAGGAGUGUUUGAUACAGUAUGAAAAAUGGCCAUUUGGUCCAACCCAUCUAUGCUAACUAGUAGUCACUCUUCUGUCACCCUAUUCCCCAGCAUUUGGUGCCUAAGCAAUUCAAGUGUUUGUUUCGACACUUCUUAAAUGCUGUCAGUAACCCAGCUUCAAUCACUCUCUUGACCAGUGCAUUCCAAGUACUUACCACUCUCUGGGUGAAGGUGAUGCCCCUUAUAACUCCUCUGAAUCUCUUCAUCCCUUCCCUAAACUAAUGUCCUCCAGCUUAAUCUACCUUUGAUCAGUUAUUUUCAGUCUACCAUACAUUUUAACCCUCAAAAUUUUAUGUACCUCAAUUAUUUCCUCUCCUAACCUCCCCUACAUGAAGGAGAAAAGAUCUAGCUUUUCUAGUCUCUUCUCACAGUUGAACUGCUCCCUGCCUGGCAACAUCCUGGAGAAUCUCCCCCUACACCCUCUCUGGAGCUGUCAUAACCUUCCUAUAGCUUGGUGAGAAAUGCAUACACUGCUCCAGACAGGGUCCAAUCAAGGUUUUAUAAAGUUGGAGCAUAAUUUCCCUACUUCUUUAUUCAGUGUUCCAACUAACAAAGCCUAGUGUCCCGUAUACCACCUUAAAGAUGUUCUCUAUCUGUUCUGCCACCGUCAAGUAUCUAUUGACUUGUACAAGGAUCCCUCUGUUCCUUAAUGCUCCCUGAGACCCUUCCAUUCAUAGUCUAUGUUCUAGCAUCAUUAGUACUCCCAAAAUGCAUCAACUUGCAAAUUUCUGGAUUAAAUUCCAUCAGUUAUUAAUAAGUCCAUUACUCUCAGCACUGUAAAACUACCUUCCACACUUUGAACAACUCUGCCAAUUUUCAUGUCCUUGCAAACUUGCCUCCGACAACCACAUCCAAGUUAUUCAUAUAUAUUACAAACAACACGGGUCCUGACACUAAUCCUUGUGGGACAUAGUCAUAGGCAUCCAGUAGUAAAAGCAACCCGCAAACAUCACCUUCUGUCUUCUAUUGCCAAGCCAUUUUGGAUCCAGAUCACCAAAAUGCCCUGGAUUUUCUGACCCCCUAACCUUUUGAAUCAAUCUUCCCUGUAGGGGGAAUCCAUCUUGCCAAAUCACUUCUAUUGCUCUGCCCUCAUCGAUACAAUUUAGUACCUCUUCAAAGAUUUCAGUCAAGUUAGUCAGACAGAAUCUGCCAUGUAGGCUGUUACUGCUUAAUCCCUGCCCUUCCAGAUGAUCAUUAAUCCUCUCACCCACUGAUGUCAGGUUGAUCAGGUGAAGUGGGUUGAAUAAAGACAAAAUUAACUUCUGGCAGGUUUAGAGAACUGAAACUAGGAGUGUGGGGUGGUUAAACAAAAGUAACACACACAAAAUGCUGAAGAAAUUCAGCAGGCCAGGCUCAUCUAUGGAAAAGAGUAAACAGUCGAUGUUUUGGGCCAAGACCCUUCAUCAGGAUGGGAAAAAAGAUGAGAAGUUAGAGCAAGCAGGUGGGAGGAGGGGAGGAAGUACUAGGUGAUAGGUGAAACUGGGAGAGGGGGAAGGGUAAAGUAAA